GAGAGAAGAAGAAGAAGAAGAAGGGAGGAAGAGGAGACAGAGACAAAGGGAGGGGGAGACAGAGGAGGAGGAGAACUGAGAGACUGGGGGGGAGACAGGAGGGGGAGGGGAGAGCCAUUGGGAGAAAUAAUCCUGGAGACAGGCGGACCGCGGAGAGAACAGCAGCAGCAUCACCAGAGUUCACCCCCUUUCCCCCCCUUCCCACAUCCCCUGCCCCCCCUACGGCACAAUGCAUCGGACCAUGCGGAUCAAGAUGACGGAGCUCAACCCGCACCUCAUGUGCGCCCUCUGUGGGGGGUACUUCAUUGACGCUGCCACCAUUGUGGAGUGUCUGCAUUCCUUCUGUAAGACCUGCAUCCUGCGCUACUUAGAAGCCCACAAGUUCUGCCCCAUGUGUGACUCUCAGGUGCACAAAGGACGCCCACUUCUUAGCAUCAGGUCGGAUAAAACAUUACAAGACAUCGUAUAUAAGCUUGUGCCAGGACUCUUCAGAGAUGAGAUGAAGCGGCGAAGGGAGUUCUACGCCACUUAUGCUCGUAAAGAAGUCAACAGUGGCUCCAGCUCCGAGCAGGGGGACAAAGUCACCGAGACGGGAGAAUUGGUGGUACAUGAGGAGGAGAGCAUCAGUCUAUCAAUCCAGUUUUCCGAGGAUGCAAGGGAUGAUACUCGAGAAUUAGCAGACAGUGAAGACCUGGAGAAGAGGAACAGUCUUCGUUUCUUGCGCUGUCCUGCUGCCAUGACCAUAACUCACCUCGCCAAAUUCUUACGAAACAAAAUGGAUGUUCCCAGCAAGUACAAGGUUGAGAUUUUGUAUGAGGAAGAGCUGCUGAAGGACUACUAUACACUAAUGGACAUUGCUUACAUUUACCCCUGGGGACGAACUGGUCCACUACCUCUUAAGUAUCGGGUCCAACCAUCCUGCAAGCGAAUACGAUUCAGUCGUCCAAGGAGCCUACAAGAAGCCAAUCGUGGAACCACAUCAGAAGGGGAAUCGACCAGUGACAAGGCCAGCAGCCCAGCACCAAUUCCCUCUACCUCUUCCUCCCUCCCCAGCCCUGCCACCCCUUGCCAAGGCUCUCCAAAUCCCAGCACUGAACUCGCCCCCACAUCCACCAUCCACAAUGGGCACUCUGCCAAUCGGGGGCGUAAAGUCACGCUCAAUGGCAUUCCCGGACCCCCCCUGACUUGAGAAUUUUGUGUGUCCAGAGUCUUUUAUACAUAUGUAUAUAUUAAAAAGAAAAGAACUUUUUUAUUUUCUAUGGACAAGAGUAAUUUAAUCCCUCCCUACACUUAUCUUUUUGUAAUGUUUUCUUAUUAUAAUUUAUAAAGCGGUUGAGGUGAGUCGACAUGUUCUUGUUGGAAUGUAGCACCGCCCGAUCCACACCGGAUGAAUUAAGAGCUGCCAGUUUUGUUACAUGUUUGUACUCACAAUGAAGAGGAAUAGGCCUGGACAGGUCAUCGCUGGGGCUGGCCGCCUGUAAGACUCCUUUCUACAGGGUGUUAAAUUAUUUAAUUUUGUGUGGACUUUGAAAUACAGGAUAGAGCAGAAAGGUUACCGGAGGGCUUGUGUAUUGCUAGCCAUUCAUGUAUGAAGUGCACUGCAGGGGGCGCCACUAUCCUUAUUGCGCUAUUGAAUGUAUAUUUUUUUCAAAGUGCCCUCGGUAGCACCUGGUCACCACAAUAAUAUGGCACAACGGGGUCCACAAACCCCGGUUUUCAUAUGAUUAACCCCCCCUCCCCCCAGCAUUUUGUGUCCCUGUUGUGGGUGGGAUUUUGGGGUUGUGGGGUGUCUCUACCUGUCUAUAUAAAUAAAGAUAUACAAACUGUUA